AGGUAGAACGUUCGUCAAAGUAGAAUGUUGGAAAACUUUCUUAAGCCACUUCUUGUUUGAACAAGCUGAAGGCAGGUCACUUGUGAUUAACCUCUGCGAUUUCAAGGCAAUUUUGAAAUUUUCCAUGGCUUUCUACCGAAGAACAUUCAACCCAACAGGAUCCUGGAUUGGUACUGAACAUCAGCUUCUGUCUCAGAGAAACAUUCUCUGGCUCAGCACUGCUGAGGAAAACAGAAACAUGGCGCCACUCUGGACAACUCCAAAUACCAACCAAUACCAACAUGUCCGGUCUACACGGUUUUCUGCAAGUAAGUAUUGGAGAGAGUCUGGAGACUGGCGUGCUGCCCAGAAGGGAUAUAGUGGUAUGGUCAAGCUGCCCACCACAACACCUCGAGAGAAAAUGGAAACCCUCACUUUUGUGGGCAACUUUAACCAUCCUCAGCUCACCAGUGUCAGGAGUAGCCAGGUGGCUCCCAUCAAGCCUGCAGCAGUGGCUCCAGUGAGGAAGGAGACAUUUGUAGAGAACUUCUCUCAUGCUUCAAACGUCACCCAGGACCAGUUCAUUGCCCUGCUGAAUUCAAGACAGUCCACCAUCUCUGGAAGUGCAGUCAUCCGUGGUGUUUCAUCCACCCAGAAGACACCACUCAAUCCCACUUGGUCCCAUAGUAGUGACAGUGGGAACAUGAACUAUGCCCACCCAUCUACAAGUGUUGAUGCGCACAUGCCAACACAAGAGCAGAGGCUGCAGUGGGCCACUGCUCUUCAUCCGCAGGAGACUAGUGAUUUGACCCAUGUGGGCAUAAGAAGCUCACACACUAGAUCAUCUGCUGAGAGUGUGAAGUCUCUCAACAAUGUGAUGAACCUCAUGGCCAAAUCUGAUGACACAACUGCAUCGCUGAAGGAGGCUGGACACCUUAGAUUUGUGGGGAACUUCACUCUCCCUGCAGAGGUCCUUCAUGGUCAACAGUCAGCCCAGGUGCCUUGCAGUGUGUCCCAGGAAGGAUUAUAUUCUCCGAGGGUCAGCCAAACUCCGUCCACCUCUGUAGCUCCAGCUAGCCUCCUCACUGGGGCCCGUGGUCAAAUCCCUUCCGUCCCCAAGACAUCAACUGACUAUUACAAUAGAGUGAACUAUGUGAAAAUGAUGGCGUACCACCGUGACAUGGCCUCCUACUACAGGGAGCUCAAGCUCAAGGCUGAGCCCAUCCCAGCAAUGGAGGGGUCAUUGUGCACUACAGAGCUCCAGGGAAAGACAGGAAGCCUCCAUGACUGGAAUGAGCCUCCACAGAAGACGUGGUGGGAUGACGCCACAGAGGGCAUUGUUCUUCCAGAUGAUGCCGUUGAAAAACUUGAUGCCAUUCCAGGCAUCUGGGAUUUAGCCAUACAGAUGGGCUUCCUGACUGUCUGCGAGGCAGAUGACUGAAAAUUUUUUAGUCCAUUAAAAAGAUAAAGCUUAGUUUUGACACACUAUUUUUGUAUUAUAUUUAAAUA